UUGGCAGCGAAAAUACUCAAAACGAUUGAGCCAGUUUGGCUGAUAAAUGGCUAAAAACAGGUCAGAAUCCGUUUCUACUAGCGGGGGUGGAGACGUGCAUGGCCUAUAGUUCACGAUCUAUCCAAGCAAAAAUAAUUUUAAGAUUAGUAUUCUAACCUAUUUUUCAAACCAUUCUGGAUCAUACUGAGAAGCUAGAUAUAUCGGUCUAAAUGUAGCCGAUACUGAUACCGAAAAAUUGGCGGACACCGAUACAUCUCUAACCGUAUAGGUCCACGCGGAAGGUAGUCAUUAGCUCUGUAUUAAAUUACAGUACCGGAAUCAGAAUAUUUCCUUGAUCUAGUGUAGAUUUGUGUGAAAAAUGAUUGCAUGAUGUAUUCGAAAAUUAAAUAAAAUUUGCCGAAUACUAUGUGUCAAUCAAAAGUUGUUUUGAUGUGGUUGUAGAUUUCGAGAAAGUCUGUUCGAACAGCAGAGCGAUCGAUUGGGCAAUAUUUAUUACGUAAUCGCACGAUCUCGCUUGUUCCGUUCUAGAACCACUUGUUUGCUUUUCUCAAACAAACACCGCCAUGAUAGCGCGUAAUACUCUAAAUCUACUCUAUAGUAUUUCUCGGUUAUUUGAGGAAGAUUGUUUUCUCGGUUUUCAUAUAUAAUGGCCGAUAAAACUGUUUUACUUAAUUCUGGGACGAAAAUUCCAGUAAUCGGACUGGGAACGUUUGAAGCAAAGCCGGGGGAAGUUGGAGCUGCAGUAGAGGUAGCAAUCGAUGAAGGAUAUCGACAUAUAGAUUGCGCCCUUGUUUAUGAAAAUGAAACAGAAGUUGGUAGUGCGAUUCAGAAAAAGAUUAAAGAGGGUAAAGUCAAAAGAGAAGAGUUGUUUAUUACAACUAAACCGUGGAUAACUUAUCACGCCGGUCGAAUUCAUGAUUGCUGUGUCAGAAGCUUGAAACGUUUGCAACUCGAUUAUGUUGACCUGUACCUUAUUCACUGGCCAUUCUCGUUUCAGUUCGUUUCUGAAACGGAUCAUUUUCCAGCUGAUAAAGACGGGAAAACGCUAUUUGAUGAAAUAACCCAUUACUCCGAUGUUUGGAAAGAGAUGGAAAAACUGCAACAGAGUGGCCUGGUAAAGGCUAUUGGCGUUUGCAAUUUUAACAAAUACCAGCUUAAGCGGCUAUUAAAGGAUGCCAGAAUAUCUCCGGCCGUUCAUCAGUUUGAAAACAACCCGUAUCUUGAUCAGGAAGAUAUGAUAAAAUUUUGUCAAGCGAACGGCAUCGUUGUUACAGCUUCUAGUCCAUUUGGAUCGCCAGGUCGUCCUUGGCGCCAACCAGACGAACCAAGUUUGCUCGAAAUCCCUCAACUUCAAGAAAUCGCUGAUAAGCAUGGCAAAACUGUGGCACAAGUAAUUGUGCGAUAUCAUAUUGAUCGUGGACUCGUAGUUAUUCCGAAAAGUGUCACUCCUUCCAGAAUCAGAAGCAAUUUUCGAGUUUUUGAUUUUAGUCUGGACGAAAACGACAAACAUUUGAUACGUGGUCUGAAUAAGGAUUUCAGGAGCUGUGGAAUGGAUCCAUUUUCUUCUCAUAAAUAUUUUGCGUUCAAAGAUGAUUAUUCAGAAAGUUGAGAUGUAAUCAUAUGAACCCGAAUACAACAAUUGUAUAGUAAUCCAAAGAAAUGAAGUUUAAUGGACCAUUUUACACACCUUCAUCGUAAUUCAAUUCGAAUUAUACCUGUGAUAGUUUCUAUAGCAAAACUUGAAUCAUAUACGGCUGAACCCGUUAAAACAAACUUAACAAUUGUUUUCCUACAACUCUGAAUGUAGGCAAUUUAUUCAGAUUCAUAAUUUGACAAUCUUUAUCAAAUAAAAAUUUCAGAAAUAAUUCAAAUUUUCGUGUAAAUCUGAAUGCAUUUACUUUAUGUUAUUUGACAUUUAUGAGACUAGCAAUUCGCAGUAAAGUUUGAGGGGAACUAGUUUAUGUUUUAAAUAGCCAAUCAGUUAUAGCCGAUAUGAGUUCGAUUCGGAUCUUGGCAAAAUUGAAUAACGAAAAACUGCCAACAGGCAACUUUGUCCCCCCUCCAUCAUCUGGUAGUGCGGUAAUGGCUGCAUGCUUAGGCCACUGAGUAAUAGAUGUGAUGAUAUUCAUACAAGUUGGGCUUGUUACGGUUGUCUUCUCAAAUACUUUAGUAAAUGUGGAUAGGCGUAUAAUAUAAACACAUCGAUAAUCUG